AUGCAGAUGGCUGCUCGAAGUGCCUCCCGCGAACGAGGCAGGAAGCUGUACAUCGGUGGACUGCCCCAGGAUGUCGUUAAGGACGAUCUUUUGCACGAAUUAACGAAGUAUGGAGAGGUGGUAGACGUGUGGAUUGCUCGUAAUCCACCUGGGUUUGCUUUCGUUGAGUAUGUGACAGCCGGGGAUGCCGAAAAGGCUGUCAGAGCCCUUGACGGUGUGAAUCUUUGUGGAUCUCACGUUCGAGUUGAGUUUGCACGUGCUGGGCGUUCAAAGAAACGUCCAAGUGCCCGUGGUUCUCGCUCUCUUGGUCGAGGUCCCCCGAGACGCUACGAAUCUCCGCGACGUAGUGGAAGAUAUUCACCUCCAUUCGAGGGAUCACGCUACUCGUACGACCAACUCGCGCCGUUCUAUCCCGAUGUCGCCACUGCAGCAGCAGCCGCAGCUGCCGCCGCAGGUUUUCCGUACGGUAUGCCUGGCUACGCACCUAUGUUGCCAUUUUUACCACCUGAAGAAUUGCUCCGCAGUUUACAACCACCUCGCCGUUCUCUCGGCCGCACACCGCCUUCGGUCUAUCCUCGUGGUCGUUCGCCUGGACUUCGUCGAAGAAGUCGAAGUCCCUUGGAAUCCGGAGGUCGUUCGCGUGGCCGUAGUUCAUCCAUAACAUACGACGGUAGGAGUCGAGAUAGGCGUUUUGACCCACAGGGCCGUUCGUUCAAUGAUGUUCCGCGUUCGCGUGGCCAACGAGACGUAAGAAAUGGGUAUCCGUCACCACCUGUCGACGGAAGACGCGAUGCACCUCGUGUGCGUGGUGGACUCGACGAUCCCGUUCCUAAUAACCGAACAUCACAUCAUUUGGAUGGAUGUGUCACGUGCAGGACACGGGCCAAACGAAGGCAUGCCCUGCUUGGUCAGAAUGCCAGCCGAUCCGAGUCAAGCACCUGUGACUCGACGCUUCUCGCCCCCCUCACGGAGAUUCUAGCACGACCUUGUGGAACACUCUGUGACUACCCUAUAAAUACAGCGUCAGUAGGGCCACCUUCUACCGAGAUGAUCGGUGACCUAUCGAUCAAGGAUAAUACGGAUACCGGUCAAAAUGGACUAAACCGACCACCUACCACACCAGAUGGGAAGAUUUGGCCAUCUAACGUCCGAAUUCACUCAGAAGGCUACUUCUGUGUUAAAUUCGACCGAGAACGUGUUCAGUCACUUGUUCGGCAGCACUGCGUUCAGCAAAGUGAUGGAAAUCUUCUGGGUGUUUGGAUAUUGACCCGGAUCGAUCACUGGGAUAACGAUCAGGAAUGUACGGUCUGUUUGACGAAUCAAGUCCUCAUGCUGAUCAGUCUGAAUUUCAUCACGGAGAAGAUUAUCUGGGUACAGCGCAUCCCGUUGAGCAAUAUUCACACGAUUCGCUUGGGCAAUCUCAUGUCACCGCAAUGGUCUGUUUUGCCACAUCGUAACUUUGGCGCGGUUCAACUUAUUUGGGGUCCACUGGCAAACACUAGUUGGAAAGAACGUUGGAAUCCGUUGUCCAGAGAGAUUCCGGCAGCAACCUUGCACCAUCAUCCAUGUUUUUACGCGCAUGAGUUUCUGAAGGAUAAGGAUAUGUACGAUUGCGAUACGCUAGUCGCUCGUCUGACUGUGAUGCUUGAGCCCGUGGCGGUGCAGCCGGUCCAUCAGGACAUUCUACUCAACUCCCGCUUUAAUCUAGUCAACUUAUUCUACAAUCAGAGCAACCUGGGCUUCUGCAAGGAUAGAAACGGGAUGAGUUUCUAAUCAUAGUCCAUCUGGGGGUACUUUCCUAGCGAUGCCUCUGUCGGAGACCCAGCAUGUCAUAUCACAUACCACACGCAUAUCAUACCGAAUUUUUGUUGUAUCAUUUGUCUUUCUCAUGCAAGGGUAUUCUAAAUGCUAUUGAUAAAUUUGACUUUCUG